AAUGCACUUAACUCAUCUGGUCGUUCAACUUCAACUCUGGACGUGGCCGCUGUUAUCCAUUCCCUGCACGAUUUCUGCAACCGAAGUACCAAACCCAUGGAAGCCCUAAUCAAUCCUAAUUGGUUCUGCUCUCCAUGCCUUAACAGUCUUCUCGCAAAACGACGUUCUAUUUAUUAUCCAACCUCCGUUAGGAUUUCCAACAGAAUUUCUUCAUUGUCUCGAAUACUGCUUGUGAAAUGCAGCUCGGAAGAGAGAACAGAAGGGAAUUUGAAAAACGCUCUAUCUGGAAUGGUCGAUAAGCGAGUAGAGGAACUGUUGAACAGAGAGGAAAAUAGGGCUUUGUUAGAUGAUUUGGACAAAGCAUCCCAAAGAGUUGAGAUGGCAAGGAAGGAGCUUGCAGAGAUCGAAAGACAGCAGAUAGAAGCUGCCCAACUGAGAGAUUACGUUAAUCAACUCGAGAGUAGAGCUUCCGAGAUUGCAGAAUGCCAAAAGGAAAUAUUAGAAGCAAAAGCGAUGGUUGAAGAAGCUGAACGCUCUCUUUCUAUAAACAUGAACGACCUUGAGUCUGCAGUUAAUUUUAAGGACAAAAAAAAUGAGGGAAUUGACAAAGGAGAAGAGAGGUGGGAGUCUAUAAAAGCAGCAUCUAUAUCUGCUAUAGUUGGAACAAUUGCAGGGCUUCCCAUUUCCGUUUCUCAGGUUAGCAGCAGUGCCCAGCUAAUACUUCCAUUAGCAAUCACCUUCAUUAGUUGCAGUUUGUUUGGAGUUACAUUUCGGUACACUAUACGAAGAGAUUUGGACAACAUUCAACUUAAGACUGGGACUUCUGCAGCUUUUAGCUUUGUCAAAGGCUUAGGGGCACUAGGAGCUGGACCGCCUUUAGAAUUAGAUAUUGGGAGUUUCUUGUCUCAUGCUGUUGAUGGUGCAGUCUAUGUAUCUGAGAAUCUUUUUAUCUUUGCUUUUUCUGCUGUUGCUCUGGAUUUCUGCUUUAAGAUGAGGUUAUUGAGUCCUUUUCCCAUAAAAAAAUCAGUUACCAGAACCAAUACAAGGGUAGGGCAGUAAUGACUUUGUCGGUGAGAGCGAGCAAAUUGAAUCAUUGGAACGCCAUUUGAUAACGAGUCCAAUGGAUGAAUGGUUGGGUUAUCGUUGGUCCUUUCUCAUCUGAGAAUACCACGGAGAACUCCAUGUGAUCACGUUUGGUUUGGAUCCUGAACUCCUUGCCUUCAGGCUUAUCGGGAUGUACAAAGAGUUUCACCAUGGCCACAGAGCUUAAGUUUGGUCUUACAUGGGGAGAGGGCUAGUCCUUUGGCUGCUUCUGCUGAUGUUACGCCUCACCAACGAUGACAACAGAUCAUGGGGCCAAAUUACCCUUAAAUUAUGUCAUUUAUCGAUGGCAAAUGCACGCCAGAUGCUAAAUUCUAAAUGACAUAAUUGAAGGUGAUUAUAGAGCCCAUGUAAAUUAUGAUGAUAUUGCCAAUGAGGAAAAGAGAAGUUAGGUUAUCCUUAAUUACUUUCAUUGCUGUGAUGACAGAAGCCGUUUACUGCCAUUAAAAACACAUUGUAUUUUAUUCCAAGUGAUAAUGAGUAAGACCAUGCUGUAUGUGA